CCGCCCAGAACAGCCUGGGGACCCAAGGCCCCGGGCGCCGCCCCCCACGGACACCUGGGCCACAGCCUGAGGCCGGGGGCUGUGGCCACAGGACCGUGAGGCUCGGCAGGCAUGGUGACUGCCCGGCCCAUCCGCAGGGAUCCCAGGCCCCGAGCUGGCCUGGGUGCAGGGGUGGGGGCUGCUGUUGGAGUCCGUAGCCCGCCCAGACCUAACUCAGCUCGGAGGGUCCGCUGGGCAUCCCGGGCCCCAUGCCCGGCCCUGCUGAGCGCGCCUCUCCUCCCUGACCCCUCCCGGAGGUCCCAGCGGGCGUGGAGGGAGGGCCGCCCCCGGCGUCCCUGGCCCACAGGGAGUCUGUGGAGUUUUCACUCAACAAGCUCAUUGAACCCCCUGCCCCGUGUCUGUUCCGUGAGGGGAGUCCCUGCUGGGACAGUGUCGGAAGAGAGGGCCAGGUCCAGGCCCAGAGAGGGCGGGCACCCACCCAAGGUCACACAGCUCAGCAGGCCCACGCCCACCCCGGGCCUUGCCUGGCCCUCAGCUGCCUUCUGCCCCCCAGUGGCCACACACAGACCCGGUGGAGGGGCCACAGCAGCUGCUGGCGGCUAUGGGCCCAGACACCCCCAGGCUGGGCGACCACAUUCCCACACCCCCGCCCGGGGGAGGAGCUGCACGCGGAGCCCCUGGGAGGCACGCCAGGCGCCCGGGUGCUGGGUGGCAGGCAGGCAGGGGCGGGACACGGGAAUCUGCUGAGAAGACUCAGAAACCUGCUCCGCUCCUGGGCAAAGUCCCCCAGCUCGGGGAUUGGUGGGCAGGGCAGGUGCGGGGCAGCAGGCCCCUGGGGAGGCCUGGCCUGAGGGAGCUGAAGGGGAGUGACCCCAAGAGGAGGCACCCCACAAGCAAAGGGGCCUGUCAGGGCUCAGCUGUGAAGAGAGGGUUGGGCCAGGCCUCGGGGUCCAUGCGGGGUCGGGUGGAGAGCCGGACCAGAGCAUGGCCUUGGGGGGCGCCCUCCCGCCUCCCUCCACUUGCAGUUGGGGAGCUGACAGCCUAACCGUUGCUGGCCACCCUGGACCCACCCUGCAGAGAGCUCUGCCCAGCCCGGCCCGAGCCAGGUCUGAACCCAUGACCCCAGGCCAGCCCUCCCCGCCCGACUAGUACAAAGGGCUUCCCUCCCACCAUCUGCCGGGCAGGGACAAGCCGACCCAGAUAAGGUCUGAGGGCGCGGGCAGACCUCCCCAGGCCCCCGGGCCCCCCAGCCAGCGCCCAGCACACCGCUCUGUCCCGGGCGGGCAGUGUCCCCGUCACAGUGUCACCCGGGCACCGGCUUGUGGAGGGCCAGCACGAAGGGCCAGUCCGGCCACACGAUGCCCUGGGCCUGGCCCAGGGGACAGUGGGACCCGGACCAGGCAGGUGCCUGGGCUCCGCGGGGUACCCCCGGGGGCCUCGCUCCUGGGUAAACAUUAAUGCGGCUCAGCCCACGGCAGGUCAUGUGGGCGCCCAGUGGAUCUUUGACCUGCGGCUGAGCCCGCCCGUGUCUCCUCCCCACAGGUGCCCCUCACUACCCACACAGGCCUGCUGCCAGCCGGACAGCGAGGGAGCCGGCCGCAGGGCUCAACUCUGCCCCGAACUGAACUGGGCUUCCUGACAGCCGCCUGAGAUCCGGGCUUGGGCCUGGGUCUGUCCCUGCUCGGAAUCCAUGCGGAGCUCUCUCCCCGGUGGCCAGGUCAGCCCCCCGACUCUGGACACGGUUGGGCUGGUGGACCAGAGUCUAGGAAACACAGGGACCUCCAGCCCUGCCCCCGCCAUGGAGGAGGGGCCCGCGGACCCCUGGGCCCUGCCCCAGCUGAAGGACACGGGCCAGUCCUGGAAAGAGCUCAGCGUGGCCGGCAGGGUCCGGCGGGUGCUGCUGGGCUUCCUCAAGGCCUGCGGGCUCCUGGGCAGCCUCUACCUCUUCGUCUGCUCCCUGGACAUCCUCAGCUCUGCCUUCCAGCUGCUGGGCAGCAAGGUGGCCGGGGACAUCUUCAAGGACAACGUGGUGCUGUCCAACCCCGUGGCCGGGCUGGUCAUCGGGGUGCUGGUCACGGUGCUGGUCCAGAGCUCGAGCACGUCCUCCUCCAUCGUGGUCAGCAUGGUGGCCUCCAGCUUGCUGCACGUCCGGGAAUCCGUGCCCAUCAUCAUGGGCGUCAACGUGGGCACAUCCAUCACCAGCACCCUGGUCUCCAUGGCACAGUCGGGGGACCGGGAUGAGUUCCGGAGGGCCUUCGGGGGCUCCGCGGUGCACGGCAUCUUCAACUGGCUCACGGUGCUGAUCCUGCUGCCGCUGGAGACCGCCGUGGCCCCGCUGGAGAGGCUCAGCGAGCUGGCCCUGCAGGCCGUCAGCCUGCAGCCCGGGACGCAGGCGCCCGACAUCCUCAAGGUGCUGACGCAGCCGCUCACCCACCUCAUCGUGCAGCUGGACGCUGACGCGAUUGCCAACAGCGCCACGCAAAACGCCACCAACAGCAGCCUCAUCAAGCACUGGUGUGGCGCCAGGGAGCCCACGAGCCCAGGAAACAGCAGCGACUGCGGGACGGCGACCUCAGGCCCCUGCCCUGAGACAAAUGGCUCAAUCACCAGGGAGCAGCUGCCCUGCCACCACCUGUUCUCGGGCACGGCGCUCUCGGACCUGGCCGUGGGCCUCAUCCUGCUGGCCGGCUCCCUGCUCGUGCUCUGCUCCUGCCUGGUGCUCAUCGUCAAGCUGCUCAACUCCGUGCUGCGUGGCCGCAUCGCCCAGGCCGUGCGGACCGUCAUCAACGCCGACUUCCCCUUCCCGUUCGGCUGGCUCAGCGGCUACCUGGCCAUCUUGGUGGGCGCCGGCAUGACCUUCGUGCUGCAGAGCAGCAGCGUCUUCACGUCCGCGAUCGUGCCGCUCAUGGGGGUCGGGGUGAUCAGCCUGGAGCGGGCCUACCCCCUCUUACUGGGCUCCAACAUUGGCACCACCACCACGGCUCUGCUGGCCGCCCUGGCCAGCCCCCCGAAAAUGCUGUCCAGCGCUCUCCAGGUGGCCUUCAUCCACUUCUUCUUCAACGUGGCUGGCAUUCUGCUGUGGUACGUGGUGCCCGUCCUGCGCCUGCCCAUCCCGCUGGCCAAGCACUUCGGGGACCUGACCGCGCGCUACCGCUGGGUGGCGGUGGCCUACCUGCUGCUCAGCUUCCUGCUGCUGCCGCUGGCCACCUUCGGGCUCUCGCUGGCGGGGCCCGCGGUGCUGGCCGGCGUCGCGGGGCCGGUGGCGGCGCUGCUGCUCCUGGUCGCGCUGAUCAACGUGCUGCAGCGGCGGCGGCCGGCCUGGCUGCCGCGCGCCCUGCGCUCCUGGGCCUGGCUGCCCCGCUGGCUGCGCUCCCUGGAGCCGUGGGACCGCCUCGUGGGCCGCUGCUGCCCCUGCCGGGCCUGCAACCCCCUGCCCGCCGCCGCCAAGGAGGCGCACUGCUACGAGAACCCCGAGGUCCUGGCCUCCCAGCGGCUGUGAGCGGGGAGGGGUCCCCGCCCCGCACUGCGCGCGGGGCGCCCGGGGGUCCCGUAGCUGCGGACUUGGAGUCAGCGGGCUCGCCUUCUCCGCAAAUAAAUGCCUGGGACCCGA